AUGGAAGACGGAGGAAUUAAGGCAGAUGAAGGAAUCAAGCUUCUCCUUCUUGGACGCACUGGAAAUGGAAAAAGUUCCACCGGAAACUCUAUACUCGGCAUGAAGGUGUUUACACCACAGAGCUCCACUUCCUCUGUGGUCACUUACCAUGUGAAGGCUGAGACGGCAUCAAUCGAGGGCGUCCCUGUCACUGUGGCUGAAGGCCCCGGAUUAGGGGAUACAGACGUUGAUGUUACAGACAACGGACAGUCCAUGAUUGGAUUGUCGGAGAAAGCCAUGUCCUUGAUCUCUUACAAAUGCCAUGCCCUGCUUGUUGUUUUGAAGUACGGAGUCCGUUUCACGAACCAAGAAAAAGAGGCAGUCAGAAUGAUUAAGGCAAUUUUUGGCGAAGAUGUCAUCAAGAAUUACGGCAUCAUCGUGAUGACCCAUGGCGACAGUUUCAAACUGGACAUGGAAAGUGACGGGGUCACUUUUGAGGAGUGGUGUGACGAGCAGACUGGAGAAAUCCGUGCUCUCUUCGACGAAUGUGACAAAAGAUAUGUUCUGUUUGACAACAGGUCUAAAGCAACUGAACAAGUGGAGAAGCAAAAAGAACAACUGCUGAAUUUGGUUUCAGGCAUAAAGAAGUCCAGACCACUGUACAGCAAUGAGGAUUACCUGAAAGCUGAUGCAGGUCGACGGUUUCUACUUGUGUACAGCAAACUUCCGGAACUGGAUUCUAAAACUGAGUUUAUCGUUUCUAAAAUCAACCAGCAUCUGGAUGAUGUCAAGAAACAACAAAAGACCGAGAAUACCGACGUUCUCCCGAAAUUAUGCAAUGAACUCCAAGAACAUAAAAGCUGGUUGGAAGCGGAAGAUAAAGACACAGGCUUAACUAAGCAUCUUCUCGUCCAGAUUGCCAUCGCUGAACACAGAUUGAAAUCUACGAUGGACAUAGCAAGAAAGACACAAGAGCUGGAAACAGAAAGAAGUCUGCAAAUGGAAGGCACAUUUAAAGCGACAACAUUAGAAGCCCGUGAAGACAAACAGACUGGCUUCCUUUCUUUGGCUUUUUACACCCACUGGGCAUUGAUUUACUUCCUGAUUAAUACUAUAUUACACAUCACCCCGGGGUGCAUCAAAUUAGUUCCCAUUAUCAUGGACAAAUUGCUGGGCAUUUACAAAGUCCUGUGCUGCUUUGUUCUCCCUAGAAAGGUAAUGCAAGAUAAACGAGUGGUUGAUGUAAUUAAAGCAAUUGAGACAAAGCUUGCUCAGACUCCAGAUCCGUCGAAUGGAACGGAAGAGAGCGUACCAAAACACAACAAAUAA